CUUCAAUCUUAGUCUGGUUGUUGGCAAGCCUGCGCACUGAACCUAUUUUCUUGUGUGUAUAUUUGUUCUCCUCUUAUUUUUGCCGGCAUGUUGUUGACGUCCUUUUUAAAUCACUAAAAUUUACAGUAAUCCUACAGUUUAUCGAUAAAUAGUGUUUUAAAAUAUUGCAACUAUUGUUUCACUUGCGUGUUUAGUUGAAUAUUUUUAUCAUUGGACUCAUUAAUUAACUGAUACCAUUUGGAAACGGAAAGGGAAAAAAAGAAUUCCAUUCCUGUGAUUCGCAGGAUUUGUGACCUAUUUUCAUCAUGGCUGUGGAAACAAGAUGGAUACCGUCUCAAUUGAAAAUUGAAACUAAUAUUGUAAGUAACGAUUACGAUGGAAUUGUUUUGGUGUCGGGAACCCCUCCAGGAAGCAAUGAACCCGAACCUUUUAAAACUGUACUUUUUGCUGCGGCACAAAUCGAUGCUGGCCUUGGUAGCAUUGUUGCAGUGUUGCCUAUCAAUUUACCGGCAAAACGGCUCAUAUACAGUCCAACAGGUUCUUUGAAUUUGGAUUAUCACGAUGUGCGAAGCUUCGGCGAAGCUGCGACCAAUGGAAUCAAACGGGCACUGGUGGCUGGAGUUCGACGUCCAUUAAUAGCACUACUUCCGGAUUCUCGGUUUGAAAAUGUCGAGUUGGUAACAUUGUUAGGUGCUCUGGAGGGCCUAUAUGUGCCCCUUGAAGUACGAGAGAUAUCAGCAGAGCGAUGUUACAAGGCAUGCCAGUUAGGUGUAUGGAGUCCAAUCUGCAGUAAGAAGCUGCAGGGGAUCGUAAAGCUCGCAACUGCCUUGGAAAGCGGAAGAUACGUCGCAAGGGACAUCGGUGGUGGUGAUCCCGAAAGAAUGGCAGCGCCAAGAGUUGAGGAGUAUAUUUCCGAACUAUUUUCGGGAACUAAUAUUUCCGUUCAAGUGAUCAACGAUCAAGAGACACUUUUACAGGAAUAUCCACUGUUCGCUUCGGUGAAUCGUGCCGCAUCUGUGAUACCAAGACACGCUGGUAGAAUUAUUUUCUUAACUUAUGAACCACCAAAUCCUGCUUGUGUUCUCGAAACCUUGCUCCUUGUUGGAAAAGGCGUCACGUAUGACACCGGUGGCGCUGAUAUCAAAAUCAACGGCAAUAUGAUUGGCAUGUCGAGAGACAAAUGCGGAGCAGCCGCAUGUGCUGGAUUUAUGCAGAUCGUAAACUUGUUACAACCACCAACGGUAAAGGUCGUUGCAGUACUGUGCGUUGUAAGAAAUAGCGUCGGGGAAAAUUGCUAUGUCUCUGACGAAGUGAUUACCGCCAAGUCGGGCAUGAGAGUCCGCAUUGGGAAUACUGACGCUGAAGGACGAAUGGCAAUGGCUGAUGCUCUGUGUCACAUUAAAGAAAUGGCGCUCUGUUCUGUGAAUCCACAUAUUUUCACUAUCGCCACACUCACAGGACAUGCAUGUCUCUCUGCUGGAACAGGAUACUCUGUCGUCAUGGAUAAUGCAGUGGCAAGACUGGACAGUAAUGCAGAAAAGCUUCAAGCCUCUGGUGAAGUCAUGGGUGAUCCAUUUGAAAUCUCUCGUUUACGAAGAGAGGAUUUCAAAUGCCAUCAAGGUCAAGCCGAGGGCGAUGAUGUUCUUCAAGCGAAAAGAAAACCCAGUUCACAAUCGGAAAGAGGUCAUCAGGGUCCAGGAGCUUUUCUCGUAAUGGCAUCUGGUCUCAGUCAGCAUGGUCGAGGUUCGGAAAAACCUUUACGUUAUGCUCAUUUGGAUAUUGCAGCUAGUGCAGGUGAUUUACCUGAAAUUGCAACUGGCGCACCGGUUUUAGCAUUGGCGAAGCGGUUCCUAUUCUCGGAUUUGGAAAAUUCUCUUAACAAAGAAUGCGAUAAUAAAGUUUAAAAAAAAUUUCUAAUGAUGAAACUUGCUUUUAAUUAACUUUUAUUUUAUUCUUUUAUAUUGUUUCAACUUUUUUUCUUCUUCCUUGAAGAAUAUCAAUUUUAACUUUUUGAGGUUUAUGAAUUUUUUGGUAUUCAGUGUUUGGAUUUGUAUGUCAGGCAUUUACUUUGUAAAAUUUUCAAUAAACUUUACGUUCUGUGUUCUUGGAA